AUGAAUAAAAGAUUAAAAGUAAUCUUAUUAUUAUUAAAUUAAUUUUUAGAUUAAAUAUUUUUUAUAAAUCUUCUCUUAAAAAAAGUAAUGCAAUAGAAAUAAUUCUAUAACAUAUUAUAAGAAUUUAUAAGCUCUCAGUUAUCAUCUCAUACUGAACUUGAUCUAAAAUUUUUUUUAACGAAUAAACAAAUAAAAGGAUAAGGUCUUUAGCCUCUUUUUUCUGCAUUAUCAAAGUGUACUAAGCUCAUAACGUUAUAGUUGCAGCUUUCAAGUACUACAAUAGGAGCUUAGGGGGCAUCUAGUUUAGGAUUAGCUCUUGGAAGUUGUAGUAAUCUCUCAAAUUUAACUUUGAACGUUACGUAUUGCUAUAUAAGUAAUGAGGGAAUAUCGCUUUUAUGCAGUGGUAUUGCUAAAUGUGCAAAAAUAUCAAAUCUAAAACUAAUGCUUAAUGGAAAUAAAAUUGAAGCAUAGGGAGCAUCAGCCUUAGCAUCAUCUUUAAUCAAAUUUACUAAUCUAUCUAAUAUUUAAAUAGAUUUCUCGUCGAAUACUAUUGGACAAAAGGGUGCAUAAAUAUUAUGCUCUGCUUUGUCAAGUUGUUCUAAUAUCUAGACUAUAAAACUGGAUCUGAUCCUUAACAAUAUUGGAGAAUAAUAUUAAUAAAAUGUAUGCUCAACUUUAGUAAAAUGCACGAAUCUUUCAGUUUUAGAUCUCGAUCUAGGAUCCAACAAAAUUGAUGAUAAAUAGGUAGUAGCUUUAUGUUCCAUUUUAGGUUAAUGCACUAAUCUUUCAAAAUUAACUCUUGGGCUUUCACACAAUAAAAUUACUGAUAAAGGUGCUCCUGGAUUAGUCUCUGCUUUAUCUAAUUGCAAGAUUCUUUCAAUUUUAAAUUUAUAAUUGGGGGCUAAUACGAUUGGAUCACAAGGAGUAUCAGAUGUAGGUUAAGCUUUAACAAAAUUUGCUGUUCUUUCAACAUUAGUUCUUUAUUUGGGCUAAAAUGAAAUUUCCGCGAAGGGUGUUUAUGGAUUAAGCUCUGCUUUAAAAAAUUGCGCAAAGAUAUCAAGUUUAGAGAUUGAUUUUUACAAUAAUAAAAUUGGAGUAGAAGGAAUAUCAGCAUUAGGGUCUUAAUUAGUGAAUUGCUUAAAUAUAAAAAAUUUAAAACUGUGUCUCAUGAAUUGUGAUAUUAGUUUAGCAGGAAUAAAUAGUUUAGGUUCUGAUUUAUCAAAUUUCAAGAAUCUUUCAAGUUUAGAACUUGGAUUGAGUCAUAUUGGUACAAAAGAAAUAUCAAAUUUAGGCUUAGCUUUAGCAAAUUGUUGUAAGCUCUAAAAUUUAACUCUCAAUUUUUAAGAUUCUAAUUUCGGAGAGGGCAUUUUAUAUUUUGGAUCAUCUUUGAUUGGUUUCAAGAGCCUCUAAUCAUUAACAAUUGAUUUUAAUGAUAGAAAUAUUCAAUGGGAAUAAGCUAGAAUUUUUGUGAAAAGUCUCCAAAAAAUUAAAAGAUUGGUUUAUCAAUCUAUUUCUUUUUGCUAAGAAUAAAGUGAAUAUUGA